CGCUUUCGAUAGUCGAUCUACAAGUCGUCAACGUCGAGCAAUCUGGUUUCGAUUUCCCGCCUGUCUCUUUUGCAGUUGUAUCCGUACGUGCACGUGUCGAUGAAGUGUAUUUCGUUAUGGGAAUUCUGUGUAAAGGAUAAUUCUAACUUCUAACAUCUCCUGUUAAGUAAAAUGGUACGACACAACAAUCAACUACCAGACAAUCUUCCGCAGCUGCAAAAUUUAAUCAAACGUGAUCCAGAGUCUUAUAAAGAUGAGUUUAUGCAACAACACCGACACUAUAGAUCAACCUUGGAGGUCUUCCGACUAACCCCCGACACGUUCAAUAAAAAUCUCGAUGAAUUGGUAAUAUUCCUUGCACAGGUAGCGCAUUGCUAUUCAGAUGUACUGUCGACUUUCCCUCAGGAGCUUGUGGAUAUUCUGCAGACUCAAAAUACUGUACUGGAUGCUGCAAUGCGAAUGACAUUUUGCAGAGCUCUUAUUCUGCUACGAAACAAGGGACUACUGGAGCCAACAGCACUUUUGAGCUUGUUUUUCCAAUUAUUGAGGAGCCAAGAUAAAGCCUUGAGACAAUUUCUUGAAACACAUAUCAUCACUGAUAUAAAAAAUGUCAACUCCAAGCACAAAAAUGCAAAAAUCAAUACUACACUACAAAAUUUCAUGUUUACAAUGCUGAAAGAUAGCAAUGCGCGAGCUGCUAAAAUGUCUGCUGACAUAAUGAUUGAAUUAUAUAAAAAGAAUAUUUGGAAUGAUGCAAAAACCGUUAAUGUUAUUGCAACUGGAUGCUUUUCUAAAAUAACAAAAGUCAUGGUAGCAAGCUUAAAAUUUUUCUUGGGGUCGGAUCCGGACGAAAAAAAUAGUGACGACAGUGACAGUGACGAUGAACCAAACGUUAAGGAAGUAAUGAUGGCUAAUAAAGUUAAUAAAAAGUCAAAGAAGCGAGAAAAGCAAUUGAAGAAAGUCAAGCAACUGUUUGUGAAAUCUAAAAAGAAAAAGUCCAAAGCACCACAGUUCAAUUUUUCAGCAUUACAUUUGAUUCAUGACCCACAAGGAUUUGCAGAAAAGUUAUUUAAACAGAUGGAGAAAAAUAAUGACAGAUUCGAAGUCAAACUAAUGACAUUGGAUGUUGUAUCCAGACUUAUAGGUUUACACAACUUGUUUCUCUUCAACUUCUAUCCAUAUUUGCAAAGAUUUUUGCAACCACAUCAAAGAGAAGUAACAAAACUCCUGCAGUUUGUCGCACAAGCAUCUCAUGAUUUAGUACCUCCUGAUGUGUUGGAACCAGUUGUGAAGACACUUGUUAACAAUUUUGUUACGGAACGGAACUCGGCAGAUGUUAUGGCUAUCGGAUUAAACACUUGUCGCGAGAUAUGUUCUCGCUGCCCAUUAGUCAUGAAUGAAGAUUUGCUGAGGGAUUUAACUCAAUACAAAAACUAUCGUGAACGAAGUGUCAUGAUGGCAGCUCGUUCUUUAAUAUCCCUAUUCAGAAAUACCAUGCCAGAUUUACUUCACAAAAAAGAUAGAGGGAGGCCCACUGAGGCAAGUGCUGAAUUACACACCACAAAGUAUGGUGAAGUGAAUGCUCAGGAAUUUGUGCCAGGUGCAGAGGUUCUGCUUGACAAAAGUCAUAGUGAAACCCUUGAGAUAGACAGUGAAAAUAGUGAGGAUGAGGAUGAAUGGAUCGAUGUGAAACAUAGUAGUGACGAAGGAGAAGGUACAGAAUGGGCGACAGAUGAUGAAAUAGUUGAAGAGGACAUAGAUGAAGAAGAAGGUGAUGAAGAUGGAGAGACCGACAGCGAGGAUGAAGAUGCAGAGAGUGAUGAUUCUGAAGAAGAAGAUGCAGGCGAUCAGGAUGAAGCUGAGGAAAACACAAAUGAUGAACAACGUCCUGAUGGUAAUCCCAAGGUUGAACCCAUCAAGGACGGAGAUGUCAAGAUCACACCUAAGAAAUCAAAAUUAGACAGAAAAAAAGAGAAAUCAGAGAAGAAACGUCUGGCAAAAAUUGCCAAGAAAACAGAAUUAACCGCCGAUAAAAAGGCGAAGGCGUCUCAAAUCUCUGUGGAACGAUUAUUGGGAGAUGAAGAUUUCAAAAAAAUUGACGCAGAACUUAUUAAACGACAAGUUACACAUUACAAACGAGGAGUAAAACGACCGCAUGAAGAGGAUCCCAACAAGGGAGAGCUAGUUAAAUUAGCAGAUAUCGAAAAUAUUUACAAAAAACGAAAACAUGACAAACAGUCCAGAACGGAAAGUAUCAAGAAAGGUCAAGAGGGAAGGGAGAAAUUCGGGUACAAGGACGGAAGGCAGAAUCCUCUUUGUAGCAAAACUAAUCGAGAAAAAAAGAAGAAAAAAGCUUUCCAGAUGGUCAAACACAAAGUACAUAGAAAGAUAAAAAGAUCAUUCAAAGAUAAGCAGAUCGCCUUAAGGAAUCACCUGGUCAAGCAAAAGAAGAUGAAAUAACGUGUAUAUUAUAAAAUGCCGAGGUGAAAUUAUCGUGUGGUUCAAGUAGAACUACCUUCGAACUCGAACCUUGGAGCAAUCGGUAAUGGUAUACUGACUGAACAUUCUUCAGUCAAGGGAUGCUGGUUCGGCAACGUUCCUUGUGUUUCCGUUCACAGAUAGAGCUAC